AUGAAUAAGAGAAAAUCACCUAAAUAUCCUGAGUUAGAGAAGGCUAUUUUUAGUUGGGUAUAUGAAUUAUACAGUAAACUCAAACUCGUGACUCGUGCUAUGAUACAAAUUAAGGCCAAAACGUUAUCUCAAAAAUUACCUUAUAUUACUUAUUAUCCUGGUAUUACUAAAAGCAAAUUUGUUUUAGAUUCAUUCACUACUCAUAUUACUGAUAUAGUUAAAUAUCGAUUCUCUGAAAAAAAUACAAAUUUAGCUGUAAUUUCAGAAGGUUUAAUCUCAAAAGUUCAACUAUUGGACGUUGCUAUUAACAAAUCAUUUAAAGCAAGAGAUGUAAAAGAAGACUAUCUAAAUUUUGACUAUGAUCAACUUAGAUCACAAACAAAUUCAUGUAAUCAUAUAUAUAUUUAUGAAGAAUCAAGUAAUAUUAGUGAAGAAGGUUCUAGUGUUAAUAUACAAGAAGGUUCUAGUAAUAAUGUGGAAGAAGGUUCUAGUGAUAAUACAGAAGAAAGUUCUAGUAAUAAUAUGAAUGAAAAAAAUUUGAAU